AAUAUGUCCGUGGCUGUGUGCUUGUGACUUUGAAUUCUUAUCAAGACACUUUUUAAACAUUAAGUAUUUCACCUACAGCUACAAGAUUUAAUAAAAUGUAAUCGUGAUUUAUUUUUUGUUGUUCGACACUAAACGUUAUUAUACUUUAUAUCACAAUGUUCAUUUGGAAUAAUUGUAAUAAUUACUUAUAUUUUCGGUUUAAAUAUUCAAUUUGUGUUAAAUAAUUUAACUAGGUAUACUAGAUACUAUACUUAGGUACGUAAGUAUUUAAAAUUACCAACAAACAUCAUAUAUUUUUUAAUGUAGGUGUUUAACUUGUGUUUAAAUAGUGUUCAUUGGAUAAUUCAAACAAUUGUGACCGGGAUUAAUAUCCCGAAAUUCUACAAUGGAACUGGCAAACAAUUCUUUGGGUGUCGAAGAUACUGUAUUUAUGCUACUAGAAAGUUUAAAAUGUAAUGGCACAUUUGAUGAGUUUCGUAGACAUUGUGUUACUGAUAUUGAUGCUAAGGUAUAAAUUGUUUCAAUGUUUUAACAAUUUUUGCUCUUUGACUUCCAAUAUGUAUACUAUAUAGUAUUUUAUUCACUUUAUUUUAUUUAUUUAUUUAUAUCAGUAUAAUUCAAUUAUAAUACAAUAAUAAUAAUAGUAAUAGCUGAUACGUAAACCAAGUGAGCUAAGCUCAUAUUUGAUAUACAGGCUUAUACAGAGUAUAACCUUCACUUUUAGUCCAUUCCUAACAUUAAUUUAAAUUUUCCAAUAUCAUCAUUAUUAUUUAAUAAUUCAUUAGUUAUAUCAUAUAAAUACUUAAGAUAGGUUCAUAAAUAUAAAAUACUAAUAUUUUGUAUGGGUAUUUGUGUAUGAAAAGUACUUAAAUAUACCAACUUACAUAAAAUAUAGAUAUAUAGAUAAAUAUUAUAGAUCUAUUAUAUAUAUAUAUCUAUUAUAGAUAAUGUCUAGAAUUAAUAAUAAAAAACAUUAAAUGAUACAACAAUAUUAAUAUCUGUAACAAAAAAAUAAUUAUUGUAUUUUUUUUUUUAAUUAUAUGAUUAGCUUUGUUUUAUUUAUUUUUGUAGCCGACAUAUCAAAAUUGGAAACAGCGGAUUGAGUCAUUUGUCGAAAAGUAUUUAAGUAAAGUGAAAUAUACUCCUGAAUUGAAUAAAAAUAAUGUUCGUGAACGUCUUCGAAAACAUUUACUAGAUGGGUAUGUUUCUAAUUUAUUAUAAUUAAUAAUUUUAGAUCAAUAUGUAUUUUAUUUUUUUUUUUUAAUUUAGUUUAAUGAUCAUAGUUUUAUUUGUGUUUUACGAAAAAAAAAAAAACUAAACUAAAUUAAGUAUAGGAAAUUAAAAAUUAUAAUUGAAUAUAUAGUUAUUAGUUCAUAGAUGGUGAUUACAAAAUAUUAUAAUAUUGUAAACUUGUAUUAUAAUUUUAAGUCGGUCCCACACGACUCCUGUACUUGGCAAAUAAUUGUCUAUCGUGAUAGUAUGACAAUUUUAUUUUACUCCCCUGAGUCAUUGGUCAUUUCCCAUCUGUUGUCAGUAUUUGUGACACGAGUCAAAGGAAUUAUAAAUAAUAACGUUUUCUUAUUAUUGUAACUGUAAAGUAUCCCACAGGGCUCGUCCUUGCUCAACACUAUGUUUUUUCUUUGGUUUUAUUUUUCGUAUUUAAAAUUUGUAAAUGAUUAUUUAAUAUAGUGGUCUUUAUCUUUUUUUUUUAUUUUUUGUUUCCCUAUUAUAAAAAAACAAAUACUCCCAAGACUGGCAUAGAAGACACCCUAUAAUUAUUUUAAAUUAAGGAUAAAAAUAGCCAUGGGUUAAAAUAAAAUAUUAGGAAAACAGGUAUGAAUUUCUGUAAAAUUUAGAACAUACAAAAUAGUUUUGACAAAUGAUUUUUAUAAUUUGUACCUGUACGCUAUUACAAUAUUGUACAUAAGGGUGGACCAACAUUUUUUUUUUUUGCGAACAUAUCUUUAUACUUUGUUUAUACAGAUGUAACAAUAGUAAAAAAUCCUAUUUAAUAAAAAAUAAAAGCCAGUCAAAAGUAGUUAUUAAUCUAAUUAAUAACACAAUUUGUUAUGCAUUUUAUUUUUUUUAUGGUUUAAUCAUUAAUGAACAAAAAGAAAAAAACAUGAGCAUGUUAUAAGAAAAAAAAAAUUAUCAAAUAAGAUCCCAUAGUUGAUAAAAAGAAAAUCAUUAUUGACAAAGUUAUUAUCCACGGAACACAAAUUAUAAUAUAAUUUUGAUAAAUCAUGUGAAACUGUUCUCAAAAAUAUUUUCCAAUAUUAUUUUUUUCACAAUUUUAAUUAAGAUUAUGUUGUAGUUGUAAUUUUUUUCAACCAAUAAAAAAUAUUUGCUAUUUUUUGUACAGCGAUUUUUCUUAAACUGUAAAAAUAAAAUAAAUACAAAUUACGUUAUUUGUCUAAAAUUGCUGCUUGUAGAUUUUGGAUUUUUUUUUGAAAUGGGUUUCUAUGUUAUUGUUGCAGCUGUAUAAACAAACUAUAAAGAUUAGCCUGGGCUUAGAAAAAAAAACUGGUUCACCCCAUUGUACAUACAAUAUUAACUAGUACAAAAUAGCCAUAGCAAUUAAUAUACGUGCAUCCACUUUACUGGUAUUAAAAUUAUUAUAUUAAUCAUUAAAAUUCUGAAAUUUUAAUUUCGAUCGUUUUCCAAUUAUUAAUAUACUUUGCAUUUGUCAUAACUUAUAUUUAAAUUAAGUAAAUAAGUAAAGUAAAUAAAUAAAUGAAUGCGUCGCCUGGAGUAUCAUGAUAAGUAUAUAUAAGACCGGUUUCGAUUUAAAAAUUCAUCAUCAGAUAUAUCACAGUCAAAAUGUAAAACGCGACAUCAUAACACUCCAGGCCACACAUUCAUUAAUUAAUUAAUUAAUUUUUAUUUAUAUAUUUAUUUAUUUUAUUUAUUUACGAGUAUUAUCUGUUUUAAUAAUUUUGUUUUACUUUAUUAUUUUAUUAUAUUUAAAGUAUAAAUAAAAAUAUUGUUACCUAAUAUAUUAUAUUAAAUUGUUGUAGUAAUAUUUAUUAGUAAUGUAAACUUAAAAUUAAUGUAUAAUAUUCUAAUAAUAUUCGAGUAUAUAACAAAGGAAAAAAACCACACCAUAAGUAGAAUAAAAUAAAAUUUUGGAAUUUUACUAACAUUAGUUAUUUAUCCUAAGAUUUAUAAAAGUCCAAACUACAAAAAUCACUUGUGGUUUCACCACACCAAACUAUUGUGAUUAUUCUAGAUUUCACCAAAAUUAAUAUCUAAGUUUCCGAAACUAGAAUAUUCAAAAUCCAAAAUUCAAACAUUUAUUGAUAGCAAUAUGUAAUGAUUCUUACUUUUACUUAUUUAGUUAUUUAUAUCAAUAGCAAUGGAGGAUCUGUUUUCAUAAUGCUUCUCCACUGUUGCCAUUGUUUAUUAUUUAACCAUACAACUAAUAUUUCAAUCCUGUUUUUCCCCUUUGCGGGGCAAGUUCAUGUAAUUCUUCUUUUCUGAGUCUUGUCACAGCAAAAAAAAAAAAAAAAUAGCCUUCCACUCUUCUCUUUUUAAUGCCAGUUCAUGUGUAAAUACCUGUUACAUCUAAUCAUUUCGUUCAUCUCUCCUAUGAAUGUCUCCCUCUUCCUCUAUGACCAUUGAUUGUUCCUUACAUUAUAUUAGUUAUGAAGGAGUUUAUAAGGGGUCUUAUUAAGUGUCCCAUAGGUUUUCUGCUUUAUCUAAUGAUGGAUAGCAAUACUCUUUUCUCCUCUACUAUUUAGAGAAUUUUCGGAUUAACCUUCCUUUCAGUCCAAUUAACGCGAAGAAAUUAACCUUCUCCAGGUCCACAUUUCCAUUGCUUCAAUUUUUUUUUUUUAUCUUGUACUAUUCAGGUCUCACGUUUUACUACAAUAAAACAAAAUACUUCAUACUUAGCUUUGGCAAAGUUUUUUCUGGUCUUGAGGCUACAAUUUUUAUUGGUGUAUAGUUGCCUUUUUGUGAGGAUUUCUCUUUGUAAUAGCUAUUUAAUGUCUUAUUUCUACCAAACAUCUGCCGUCACUGGUUAGUGUACUCUUAAAUAUUUAUACUAAUGUACCUGAUCAAGUGGCUUGUUAUCUAAUUGUAUAUUAAUGAUGGGAACUCUUCUCUCUUUACUAAAUACUAUGAUUUUUGUUUUCUUUAUAUUAAUCUUUAUAAGAUAUCAUUUUAAUAUUUCAUUAAAUGAAAUUGUUAGAAAUUGUUGCAUGUACAGCCCUGUCCCACUCCUCUACGAAUUCUAGCUGUAGAUACACAAUCUCCCAUUCUAAUUAUUGUUUCUUGAUCUUUGUAUAGUUCCAUAAUAAUUCUUCUGUCUAUCCAAUCCAGUCUAGUUCUUUUCAAGGGUGUCAUUAAUAAAUUCCAAUUUACUAUAUCAAUAAACCCUAUGUAUGUAUUCCUGUUCAUAUUUAGUCUUCUUUCUGCAAUUGUUCUCAAGGCUAAAAUAGUUUCUCUGGUCCCCAGGAAUGGGGAUUCCUUGCCUAAAUCCAAACUGGUCUUCUCCCAAAUUUACUUUUCUAUUUUUAAAGUGUUUGUGGGAAGACUGUUAAUUCUAUAGUUAUUGAACUCUGAUUCCUUUUUUUGCGAAUAAACACAAUUCUACUUUGUGUAAAAUCUUUUGGAAUUACGCCUUCUCUGUAUAUUUGUUCUACCAUUUUAAAUAAAAAAUAUCUAGUGUCUUCUCCUGUAACUUUACAUAAUUCAGCUGUUAUUUCAUCUAUACCUGUUGCUUUAUUUGAUUUCAAGUCAUGGAUCACUUUGAUGAAUUUACUUUUAAUUAUACUGAGUCCUAUUUCAUCUUCCUUGGUAUGGUUUAUCUCUUCAUAAUUCUCUGGCAUCUCAUAAUUUCCAUUAUAUACAUUUUCUAAAUAUUUUUUCCACCUCAUUGUUAUUUUUUCUUCUCUUAUUACAAUGUUUCAUUGUUUGUUUUAAACCACUGUGCCUUUUGUUUUUGGAUUCCUUGAAAGUUUUUUUAUGAUACUCUGUAUUCUUCCUAUAUUACAUGAGGAUACAUUAUUCUGAAUAUCUUGGCAUAAUAUACUGGUCCAUCCAUUUCUCCUUUGCUUCCUUACACUUAUAAAUCGUUUCAUCUUUUUCUUGAAAUUAUUUAUUUGUUUUAUCAACUCCAUAAUUUCAUUUGUUUUCUAUGGUUUCUUCGAAGUCAGUUUUAAAUAUCCAAUAGAUUUUUUAGUGGUUUUUUUGAUAUUUUUUCUCAUAUCUUCUCACGUCCACAUACUGUGAGUGUCCAUUUAUUUUGUUAUUUUAUUUAUUUUACAUGGGUAGCUUAUCCUUUAUUCUUCCAUUUUGAGUUUACUGGGAUCACGUAUCUUGUAUUUGUACCAUCUCUUAUAUUUCUUAAGUGUAACUUUACAUUUCAUCAUGAUAAAUUAAUGAUCACUAUUUCUGAUCUAGAAAAGCUUGUAUCGUAAUUUGACCAGUAUACAGUGUGUCCCAUGAAGAUUCAACAAAUGCAAUAACUUUUGUUCUAUUUAAUAUUAUUGAUAUAUAUUUUUUUUAAAUAAUUAGUAUAUCUCUGUGUUACAGUUUAUAUUUGAACUUUUUUUUUUUUACUUAAAAUAAACAAUUUAAAAUUUUUAAAAAAUUCAAAACAGCCAUCUUGUAAAAUAGAUUUUUAUAAAAAUUUUGGUGGUUGAAACUUUUGUUAAAGUAUGUUCUUUUAUUUUCUACGAUUUUUUGAAGUUUUUGCAAAUAUGAAUAUUGCAAUAUUUAACCAUUUAUUAGUCAAGGUACAUGACAGAUUUUAUUUUCCAUUGGUUAAUAUUAUGCUAUAAUAUUAUAUUAUAGAUAUUAAAUAGUAUCAAUCAAUCAAUAAUUCAGUCAGUCUUUACCGGUUGUAUGGAUUAUGUUUCGUUUUAUAAUUACUUCCCUUCUACAUUUUUUUUUUAAUUCUUUGGGUUUUAUUGGUUUGUAUUUCGUAUUUUUUGUAUCCAACGGUUUAUUAAAUUAGUGUGAGUGUUUUUGGUGCCGUUUUUGUACUUGUUGCCCCUGAUUAUUUUCCUGUUGGAAAGUUUAAGUGGCUUCAAUCUAUAUACACGGUCGCCGUAAACGUGAGUUAUUUUAAUAUUUUUAUCGACACAACGGAUAACGGCCGCUGUGCUUCACUGAAGUUAUCGCCACAUUGCCUAUAUGGUGAUAAAACCAGUAUUAUACAUAUCCGUCUCACUUACCGUAUACAAUGCGGACGUAGAAACACUCAGUUAUUUUCUUUAACUACUUAUACACACAUAGUGUGUUUAGUGUUUUCUACCUCUAUUGUCAUUUUAAAAUAAAACUGUGGUUUACCAUUAUUUUUAUUCAUUCAUUGCUACUGUCUUUGAUAAUAUGACUGAUACCAAACCGACUCUGUCUAAAACCCUCUCCGGUUCUAUCAUGCCCUCUCCAUCAAAUGAAGAAAUCCUAAAAGCAAUAAAUCGUCUUCAGACAUCUCAAAACAAACUGUGGGCGAUGAGCUGAAAUUUAGUAUUAACUUUUUUACGGACCGGUUCGAUGCACUCUUGAAAUUUCUAAACAACGUAAUAAAGUCGAUUUUCUUGAAUCUAAAGUGCAUGCAUUAGAGUCUAAAUCACCCCUUGUCAUUAUUACUACCAAUAGUACUUCUGUCUCCGAUAUUAUCCAUGAGUUCACUGUGUGUGACCGGUGCAAGUCUAACGUCAUUGCAUAUAGCAUAUCGGAAUCGUCUUCAACUGACCUCUCGGUCAAAAUUUAUGACGACAAAAAUAUCCUUCGCGGUAUUUUUUCUAAACUUUCUAAUGCUAUACCAAUCGAAUUUAUCUAUUCGUCUUGGUAAACCAUCCUAUACUAUUUCAUGGCCAGUCAAAGUUAUAUUCGCUUUCCCUGAUGCAGCUUCUACUGCUUUGACGGGGCCAAUCCUUAGAUAAAUUGUGUUGUCACUUAUCUCCACUCUCAAGCCUUGUUCGGGAUAAAACUCCACUUGAGCGACAACUAUUUCAGACGUGUCACCAAGAACUCGAUCGUCGUAUUGCUGCGGGGGAAUCCAAUCUCACUAUAUUUUUUACCAAUGGAACACCAAGUGUAAUCUCUCUGUCAAAAACCUAUAGCCACGGUCGACAACAGGCUUAACGAGUGAUCCACUUCUCCCAGCGCCCAUAGAUACUACCAAAAUUGUCGCGGCCUUCGCACAAAGCUGUCUAAUCUUAAUUUUAAUGUACCUUCUCUUAACUCUAUUUUUAUCACUCUUACUGAAACAUGGUUAACUGAUAAUUUCUCAAAUUGUGAACUUGGAUUUGCUAAUUAUAAUAUUAAUAGGUUUGAUAUGUGUUCCUCUACCAGUUCAUGUCUCCGAGGGGGAAGAGUCCUCAUUGUUGUUCAUAAAGACUUACCUUCACUUUUGUAUUUCGAUUCUUGAGUCAAAUGUAGAACAUCUUCGUCCCUUUUUCCUCUAGUGCCUCCAAAUUUAUUAUCGAUUGUGUCUAUAUCCCUCCCCAUUGUGUCUUCUCCCCUACCUCAUUGUAAUCGUGACCACUCGCACUUCAACUUUCCAAAAGCAAAUUAUGAAGCUAUCCGUUUGUUCUUGGUAUCUGUUAACUGGAACUCUACUUUUUACCCUGUGACGCUGAUACAACUUUCAACCUUUUCUAUGAUGCUUUGCAUUAAUAAAUACUCAAUCUCGUGCCUACAGCUAUGUUUAUAGAGUCAAUUUUUCCGCCUUGGUUCAACAAAGAUCUAAAACGCAUUCUUGCCCUCAAGAAAAAAGUUUUUUUAAAAAAAAGCAGUUUUAAAUCAACUUGUCUUUCUAAUUAUCGUGAAUUCUCGUUUCUUCGUACCAGGUUUAAAUAUGAAUCGAAAAACUUUAUCGUUAUGUAGAACAAGUUAAACUUUCGCUUAAGCACAAACCAUGCGAGUUGUGGAAAUAUGUAAAAAAUAAUCACUCUCGUAAUAAAAUCCCCAAAGAAAAUAUCCUUUAACAACAUUAUCUCUACUAAUGACCAGAUGAUUGCUAACCUGUUCUCAUCCUAUUUUUUGUUAGUUUACUCAUCUGAUCAAACUCGCUUUGAUGCUAGUGAAUUAGAUAUUCCCACUUUUGAUCUACUGAACAAUAUUGUUUUUACAGUCAAUGAUGUAUAUCGCUGCCUAUUAGCCUUAAAAAGGGUCUGGUUUAUUGACCUUGAUAGCCCUUCAGGGCAUUUCUUAUGUGAACCAAGGGAUGUCAUAGCCUUUCCUGUUUGGACCUUAUGGACCUUAUUUAGAUUGUCACUUUAUGAGGGUAUUUUUCCCUCUGCUUAAAUUCAGUUCUAUAACGCCUAUCUUUAAGUCUGGUAACCAGGGAAUUGUUUCAAAUUGUCGCCCAAUUUCUAUUUAAUCAUUUACUUAAAACAUUUUUGAAUCUAUAGUUUUAUCCAAUAUUUAGCCAUCUAUUAAUAAUAUUCUCAUGGAGGAGCAACAUGGUUUUCGUCCUAGGCGUUCACCUACUAUGUGUAACCUAUUGUUUUCGGGAUAUAGUCCUACCUUAGUGAUCAAUAUCAGUGGGUUAGGUGUUCUGGUAUUAAUUCCUAUGUAUUUUAGCAUCUUCCAGUGUUCUUCAAGGGGGCCACCUCUCUCCAUUACUUUUUCUUUAUUUAUCAACAGUUUUCAUAAUUCUUUAUGGUAUUUCCACCUACUCUACUUUGUAAACAACAUUAAGCUUCAUGCACGGGUCUGUUCGAUUGAUGACUGUAUACAAUUACAGAAUGACUUUAUCAGGUUUUCUGAGUGGUUUGGAAAGUUAGGAAUGUCUCUUAAUCUCUUCAAAUGUAAAGUAAUGUAUUUUUUUAGGACUUGCUCACCUGUCUCUUUUUCUUAUCAACUUAUGUUGAUAUUAUGUGUGUUUCUAAUAAUGUUAUGGACUUUGGUUUUAUAUAAAUUUUAGAUUUGAUCCUGGCCCCCAUAUUGAUUAUAUAUGUUGCAAGGCUCUUAAAACUCUUGGUUUUAUUAUGAGAUUGGCGCGUGAUUUCACUUGGGACUAUCGGUUAAGUCUCUUUUCCUUGUUCUUGUAUGCCCAAUUUUGGAAUAUGGAGCGGUUGUUUGGGAUCCUCAUACCACCGACUAUUCCUUGUAGAUCGAAAGAGUUCAACUCAGGUUUUUGAGAUUCUCUAUACUUGUUAAACAUUCCUGUGAUCCUCAUGACUACACCCCAGUUUCUAAAGUGCUCACUCUAGUUUCACUGUAGAACGUUGGCGUUCCAUAAGUAUUGUUUUUUUGAAGGGACUAUUAGAAAAUAAAGUCGACUCUUCUGUCCUUGUUGCACUUGUUAUCAACUUCGAGGUUCCUUUAGGAACUACUCGAACAGUGGUGGUCCACGUGUAUUGUCUCCUUAAUGUUACUUCUAAAAAUGUAUUUGUGAUUACAAAGUCGUUUAAUUUACAGAAGCUGACUAGUCUGCUUCCUCUCUAGUUCCUUGUUCCCAGUCCAUAUUUUCGUACCUCAUUACCAUCAGUUCCAUUCCCAACCACUGCAUUAAAAUCUCCCAUUAUAAUUAUGUUGUCUUUAUUAUGUGUUUGUUCUAUGAGUUCUUUUAGGAUGUUAUAUAUUUGUUCUAGUUCUUCAUCACUAUUUGAUAUUGUGAAGUAUACUUGUAUUAUGGUCGUGUUUACUUGAGCUGUCUUAAUCCUAAUUAACAGUAUUCUAGCAUUCAUGUGGUAGCUAUUUUCUACACAUAUUCCAUAAUUUUUAUUUAACACCUCUGUGUAUUAUUUGAAGUUAUUGCUCCGGAUAUUACCAUUGUUAGUCCAUUAUGUUUCACAUACUCCUAGAAUAUCUAACUGAUUUUCUCUUAUCUGCCGUUUUAACUCUUCUAAUUUUUCGGAGUUCAAUGAAGUUCUUACAUUCCAAGUACCUAUUCUAGUAUGAUCUUUUAAACUAACUAUGUGACCUGGUUUUUCGCUAGAUGAAAAUCUGGGAAGCCCUGCUCCUCCUUGUGCUGUCGGACUCUGGGUUCCGCUUCUAAUCGUUUGUGUUUAUAUGUUUCCUAUUCAUGUCUUUUCUCCCCGUUUAACAUAGGAAUAUAAUAAAGUAGUUUCCCCUUUCUUUCCUCAUUACAGUAUUUUAGCCGUCCAAUUUGCUCCAAAUUUCACCCUAAAUGAUCUAAUAACAAACUGUAUCAGAAGUUCUUCCGCCUCGUUUUAGUACUGAUUGUAGGUCUUCGAGGUUGCUAGGUCUGUAUCACAUGAGCAUCAGUAUGGUUAAAUUUUCAAAAAAAUUUAGCUAUUUUUGAGCUACUUAUGGACAUUUUAAUUUUUCUAGUUUUUACAUAAUUUUUAUUUGGUAGGUAUCUGAGGAUAAAAUUUUAGUGGCUAUAAAUAAAAUUGAGUGUAAUAUAAAAUUUUUCUUUAUAAGAAUUUUUAUAUCAAUUUUUUUUAUAAAAAUUCUAAAUUUUAUGGCCUUUUAAUUAAUUUUUGUGUACAGAUUUACGUAAAAUAUCCAUCUCUUUAUGUUCCCAACUUCAAACCUACUUUCCAACUUCUAACCUACUUCUCAACCUCUAACCUACAAUCUAUCUUGCAAAGCAUCUCUUUAGAGUUUUAAAUAUAAAAGCAACCAUUAACAAACAAAUGUUAAUUAAAAAUUAAAAAAUUGUCAUUUAUAUUUUAGUUACACUUUCAGUAAAUAUAAUAACAUUUACUGAAAAUAACAGUUUUUAAUAACUUAAUUAUAUUGAAACUAAACUAAACUAUAAUUUAAUAACAAACAAUAGUUUUUACAAAAUCGAGAAACAAAGGGAGAAAAUAAAAAAAUUUGACAAUACUUAUUCCAUUAUUUGAAAUCCAUCUAGGGAGUGCUUGAAAUUAUUUAAAAUCUAGAUAUGAACAACUCUAUUGUUCAUACACAAUAUUUAUUAAUUUACAAUUCAAUAAAUUCAUCUAAGAUAAAUAAAUGCUUUCAUUGAAAUUUAAAAUAUGUUUUCUAGACCCGACAGUCUUGAAAUUGAAAAAGGUGCUGAUAGAAUAGUUACUCAAGUACUGGCACCCAGGAUGUUAAAUGUAUUUGAACCACAAAUAGCAUUAGCUGUAAACGAAUACUUAGGAAUCAAAAUAGAAGCACCUCCAGUUAAUGAAAAUGGUAUGUUUUUAGAAUAUUUUAUUUGUUACUAAUUUUAUUUGGGCUGUGAAUUUGUAAGAAAGUGCAUUUUUUUAUUUGGUGAUUGAGAAAAACGUAGCUUUGUAAGUUCAUAAUUUGAAUUAGUAAACAACAAAUCCAUUUAUGAAACUUUUAUUUUGCAUUUUUUGACUUUUUAAUUUAUUUACCUUUUUAGGUCAUAUUUUUCCGUAUUUUUAAUCAAAUUCUGUCAAUUAACAUCUUUGAAAACAUUUUUUUUUGUUUUACAGAAACUGUAUACAAGUCAAAUUUAUAUAUUAUAAAAUUUUAAAGUUGUUUUAUUAUUUUAACAAAAUAAAUACAUAAAAAAAUGUUUGAAGUAAAUGGAAUUAUUAAAGAAUCAAACCACUUCAAAAUCAAAAUUUAAAUUCGAGAAACAUUUUUAUAUUUUUUUUAUUAAAUGAAUACAUUUUUAUGCAUAUAACAUCCUUAUAAUCAAUAUAAAUAUACAAAUUAAAUUAAAAACCAUUUUAAGUGCAUAUUCUAUUGCAUUUUUUGACAUUUUAAAUGCAUUUUUUAAUGCUUUAAAAAAUUACACAUUUAAUGUAAUUUUUUUGGCACAUUAAAUUCACAGCCUUAGUUAUUGUAUUAUAGAAGACAUUAUGUAUUCUCUAUUUUAACUACAUUAUAUUUGCACUACUACGUAUUUACAAUAAAUACCAAUCAUUUUAUAAAACUAUUAUGCUGUGAUAUUAUACAUUUAUAACUAGGUUGAAAAAAAAUUAAAUGUAAUGCUAAUAUUAUUUGUUAACUACUAAUUUGAUUAAAAAAAAAAACUCAUUGUCUUCUUUCAAAAUUUAGAAUAAUGUGCCUCAGUAAUUAAUAUUCCCCAAAAACAUGUUCAAUUUUUUUUUUAUUAAUUUUGAAUAUCUAUCCAUUAAUUGUUCAUUUAUUUACAUAUUAAUAAAGGUACACGGUAAAUUUAAAUAUGUGCCUAACUAUUUCUAAAAAAUAAUGUAGGUAAUAUAUUAGUUGUCAUUCAGUACCUUUCUCAUAAUUUUCUUUUUAUCAUUAAUUUACUCUUACUCAGAUAAUACUACAAUUGUUUAGCAAAAACAGAAAAAAUCAGACAUGACUCUAUUGUAUUCUAUUAAAUACAAAAUUACACGAGAGUGUAGAUUGAUCAGAAUGAAAACCAUAUUAAUCUUUUAUCAAAAUUCCAUUAACUGUUGGCUGAAAUCAUUUUCAAAUUUGAGAUUCAAAUAGUUUUGCAAUAUGAAACUGUAUAAGGAUAAAUUAGAUAGGUUAAUAACUUAAUGCAUUAAACAAAUUUCCUGAUUUCGGUGUGGGUGUAAUAGAGCUUAAUUUAAUUAUUAAUGGUAGAAUUCCUUCAUCUGAAAAGGAAAAAGAGAUUUUAUACUUCUAUCUUGUUGUAUAUACUAAUACUGAUAUGUAAAUUUAUUUUUAGCUAGAUAUUGAUAAAACUAUUAAAUGACUGAAUUAUACCAAGAAACAUAAUAUUAAUAUGUUUAAUAUUGUCCUUUUAAACAUAUAAUUAGUGUUAUUAUUAAAUGUACAAUUAUUAAAUAAAUGUUAAAAAUAAAUAAAAAAUAAAUUGUUGUAUUAAUUAAAUUAACAUCUGAUCACAGUUAAGAUUAUAAUAUUUACAAAUUAAAUGUUCGUUUAAAGGUUUAAAUCAGUCUAGUGCAGAUUUGGAAAAUACUGAGGAUACAGUAAACAAUGUUCCUGAUCCUAAAAUAGGUAAGUUAGCCAUAGCCAUAAUCUAAUAUUUCAAAUUAAUAUAUAUUUAUUAAUUACCAUAGUAAAUGCAAAUAUUAUUUUAAUUUAAAUUUUAUCUCAGAAACAGACAACAUGGAAAAUAUUGAAGAAAUCUCUCCUGAAUUUGAACCUAUAGAUUCAGUUCUUGAUAAUGAAAACAGUCAUGAUGAAAGCAUUUCUGGUAUAUCAGAUUUAGUCAGUAUAGGUAGCCCUAUACAAUUAGUUUCCAAUGAAAAUCAUGAAACUUACUCUAAUGGCUUUGAACCAAAUACCAAUACAAUUGAAAAAUCACCACACACUUCUAAUAAUAUAAAUUUGAUUGAAAAAUCACAAAAUGCCUUUGAUGUAGAUACAAAUUCUACUGAAAAAUCACAACAAAUUCCAUUGGAUAAAAAUGGUAUUAUCAAUAACAAAAAUAAUAAUAAUAAUACAAAUAAUAAAUCAAACGAUAUUGAUAAAAUUUCUAAUAAUAUAGAUAAGCUUAAGACUAAUGAUUUAAAUUCUAAAAAUAAAUAUCAUUCUUCAAAAAUAAGUAAGCCUUCCAGCACAAGUAGUCAAGAAAAAUCUAGUAUACAAAAAUCCAAAGAUCUUAAUGCUAAUAGUCGAUCUUCGAGUAGAGAAAAUUAUGAUGUUAAAAAAAAUUAUAGUAAUAGUUCUAAAGAACGAAAAACUAGUAGUACUAGUAGCUAUAGUAAACGUUACAGUGACUCUAAGGAUAAAAGCAAAAAAUAUAAAAACGAUAAAAAAACAAUUAACUCUGACCGUGAUAGAACGCCAAAAAGAGAUAGAAAAGAUUCUAGAUCAGAUAAAAAGGAGAAAUCUUCAAGCCUUUGCAAAGAACCUAAAUUGUUGAAUGAUCAUCGAAGUGACGAUGAUAGUAAUGCAGGAGGAUCUUCAAAACAAAAAAAUAGUAUCAAUAAAAAUAAAAGUUCAACAUCUGAUAAAUCCAAGGCUUCCUCUAAUAAUCAUAAAAAUAGAAAAGAAACUAGUAAAGACGUUGUUGUUGAUAAACUUAAAGAUAAAUUAUCCAUUUCUAAUAGCUCAAAUAUUAAAAGCAACCAUUUGGAUACAAAAAAAAAUAAACACACAUUAGAGCAGAAAAAUGAAUUGCCUUCUAUUGAUUUGCCAAAUGUUGUAGAGAAAAAACAAAAAAAGAGUGAAGAUAUUGAAAAAUUAUCCAUUUCAGAUAGCUCAAAUAAUAAAAGCAACCAUUUGAAUACAAAAAAAAAUAAACACACAUUAGAACAGAAAAAUGAAUUGCCUUCUAUUGAUUAUCCAAAUGUUGUAGAGAAAAAACAAAAAAAGAGUGAAGAUAUUGAAAAAUUAUCCACUUCAAAAAGCUCAAGUCUUAAAAGUAACCAUUUGGAUACAAAAAGAAAUAAACACACAUUAGAGGAGAAAAACGAAUUGUCUUCUAUUAAUUAUCCAAGUAUUGUAGAGAAAAAACAAAAACAAAGUGAAGAUUUUGAAAAAUUAUCCAUUUCAAGCAGCAUAAAUCUUCAAAGUAACCAUUCAAUUACAAAAAUAAAGGAACGCUUAUUUGAAGAAAAAAACACAUUUCCUUCUUUUGAUUGUUCAAUUAUUGAAAAAAAACAAAAAUGGAGUGAAUCCGUCGUUGUUAAACCUAAGGAUAAAUUAUCCAUUUCAGAUAGCUCAAAUAAUAAAAGCAACCAUUUGAAUACAAAAAAAAAUAAACACACAUUAGAACAGAAAAAUGAAUUGCCUUCUAUUGAUUAUCCAAAUGUUGUAGAGAAAAAACAAAAAAAGAGUGAAGAUAUUGAAAAAUUAUCCAAUUCUAAUAGCUCAAAUAUUAAAAGCAACCAUUUGGAUACAAAAAGAAAUAAACACACAUUAGAGCAGAAAAAUGAAUUGUCUUCCAUUGAUUAUCCAAAUGUUGUAGAGAAAAAACAAAAACUGUGUGAAGACAUUGAAAAAUUAUCCAUUCCAAGUAGCAUAAAUCUUCAAAGUAACCAAUCAGAUUCAAAAAUAAAGGAACGUUUAUUAGAGGAGAGAUAUAAAUUUCCUUCUAUUGAGUAUCGAAGUAUUGAAGAAAAAAACCAAAAAUGGGGUGAAAUCAUUGUUGAUAAACCUGAGGAUAAAUUAUCCAUUUCAGAUAAUUUUAAAAGUAACCAAUUUGAUGCAAGAAUGAACCAAUGCUCAUUAGAAGAGAAAAAUGAAUUUCCUGCUCCUGCUAUUCGUAUUCAAACUGAUGAAGAAUAUGCUGCCAAUAUUUUAUUAUCAAUUUGUGAAAAUUCUCAUAAAAGUGCUGAAAAAUUAAAAAAUAGAAAUUUGUUACUUCAUAAUAGUACUGAUAUUAAUACUACUGUAAAUCAAAUAAAUAAUAAAGACAAUGUCAGUCAUGUGAAAAUUCUUCAACCUGAAGACAAAAAUACAACUAUAACUAAACAUUUAGAAACUUUAGAAAUCAAUAAACAAAGUGAAUCAGCUUCAAAACAAAUACAGCAAAUGGAAAUAGCUUCAAAACUAAAAAAACAUGGGGAAAUAAAAUUAAAUUGCAAUAAUCUAGUUGAUAUUAUUUCACAAUUUAAUAAGCUAAUUGAACUAAAACAAAGAAAACAAAUGAACCCUUUAGGUUUUAUUACACUAAACCAAACAACCGUUGGAAUCAAUAAAGAAUUACAAAUAUUUUCAGAUAAACAAAAUUUAGAAUACAAUAAACAAGUUUUCUUUCCAUUAAGAAUAGAGCAAAACAUGGAUUCAGAACUAAAUGAACAAGUAGAAACAGAUUCAGGGUUAACUGAAAUGUUUUUACAACUAUACAAUAAUGGUAAUAAAAUAAAUAUAGCUUUAGAAAUAAUUAAAAGAGUUUCAAAAUAUUAUAAACAAAUUGAUACAAUUGCUACAGAAUCUCCCCAAAACAUUGCUAAUUUUAAAAUUCAAGAUAUGAUUAUUACAGAACCAAAAAUACCUGUUAAAAUUGUUUCAAAUUCAGAAUGUAAUAAACAAGUCGGAGAAAUAGCAUUAAUACCUAAUAAACAAUUUGAAAUAACUGCAGAUCCAAAUAAGCAACUUACAGUAACUUCUCAAUUAAAAAAAGCCGUGGAAAUAGUUUCAGAAGGCAAUAAAUAUGCUUUAAUAGCUGCAAAUUCUACUAAACCACAUACUAUUUCAGCAGAUACCCAACAACAAUCAUCAAUAAUUUUAGGAUGCAACAAAUAUGUUGUGUUACAUUCAGGAGACAAUAAAGAAGCAGAAAUAGCUCCAGAACCAAACAAACAAGCUAAAAGAGUUUCAGUAUCAAAUAAACAAAUUGAAGAAAUAAAUUCAGAAUCUAAUCAACAAAUUCAAAAAAAUUCAAAACCUAUUAAACAAUUACAAACUAUUUUAAAAACAAAUGAACUAAUGGAAACAGAUUCUGUGUUAAAUAAAUCAAUGAAUAUAUCUUCUGAUUCUAUAAAUCAAGUGGAAACUUUCCCAGAACUUAAAAAACAAAGGGAAGUAUCAUCAGAACACAAUAACCAAGUUAAAAUAGCUUCAACUUAUUUAAAAGAUGGUACAGCUGUUUUUCAACCAAAUGUAAGUAUGGAAAAAAAUUCAGUGUCUAAUAAAUUAGUGAAAUUACCUUUAAACCUUGAACAGCCAUUGGAAAUAGAUACAGAACUAAAAAAAAAUAUAAGAACCGUUCCAGAACCCAAUACACAAACUGAAAUAGCUGCAGAACUUAAAAAACAACUCUCAACUUCAGCAGCCCAGAAACCUAUAUCAAUACUUUCAGAAUGCAAUGAACAAGUUUUAUUAGGUUUAGAAGAUAAUAAACAAGUUGAUGUAUCAUCAAAAGCUAAUAAACAACGUAAAAUAUCUUCAGAAACUAAUAAGCCCAUUAAAAUAUCUUCUGAACUCGAAAACCAUGUUAACUUAGAAUCAGACCCAAAUAAACAUAUUGCAAUAGCUGCAGAAUACAAGAAACAAGUUGAAAUAACUUUAAAACCAAACAAAUGCUUUAAAAAAGUUUCCGAAUGCACUAAAGAAGUAAAAAUACCUCCAGAACCCAAAAACCAUGAACAAAUAGAAUUAAAAGGCCAACUGAAUGUUUCAGCAGAAUCCAAUAAACAAAUUGAAAUUACUUCAGAACCAAAAACACAUGCUAAAAUAGAAUCAGAUCUGAAUGAACAAGUUGUGAUAGCUGCAGAACCUAAACAACAAUGGCCAAUUUCAGAAAAAGCUAUAAAUCAAUUGCCAAUAGCUUUAAAACAUAAAAAACCACUUAAUAUAUCUUCAGAUCCUAACAAAGGCAUUAGAAUACCUUCAGAACAUAUUAAAAUGGCUUUAGAAUCAAAUAGACAAAUUGAAAGUUUGAAACAUUCAAAACUCACUGAACAAAUAAGAAUUGAUACUGAACUAAAAAAACACAUUAAACAAGUUGAAGAACUAAAUAAACAAAAAGAAAUUGAUUUAGAAUCAUCUAAAAAUAUUAAAAAAGUUGAAGAACUCAAUAAACAAAACGAAAUUGGUUUAGAAUCAUCUAAAAAUAUUAAAAAAGUUUUAAAAGUCAAUAAGUCACUGGAAAUCUUUUCAAAACUCAAUCAACAAAGUUUAUUUACUUCAGAAUCCAGUGAACAUUGUAAAAUAGGUUUAGAUCCCCAAAAACUACAAGAAAUUUCAAUAGAAAUUCAAAAACAAUAUAAAAAUAAACAAAAGAAAAUUAGAUUAAAAUCCAUUAAAAAAGUAGAAACAAUUUAUAAAAGCAAUAAACACUCCCAGAUAACUUUAGAAUCCAAUGUGAAUAUGAAAGUAACUUUAGAGCCUAAUAAACAAGUUGAAAUAACACCAAAACCCAAUGAACAAGUAGCUCCAAUAAUUUCUGAGCCAAUCAAACAAGUUCAAAUUGAUUUAGAAUCAAAUGAACGAAUGGACAUAGAUUUAGAAUCUAAUAAACUAGAGAAAAUAUCAGAACCAAACAAAUCAAUUAAAAUUGAUUCAGAGCCCAAUAAACAGGCUGAAAAUGUUCUAAAUAAAAAGAAACUAAAACCAUCAAGUAUGAAUACAAACACUAAUUUUAUUAAAAGUGAAUAUGUUUCUAAUGAAGUUUUAAAAGUUCCCAAACAAAAAUUAAAAAUAUUUUCAAAUCAAACAGAUUCUAUCAAUAAUAGCAUAAGUAAAAAACGCCACCAUGACAAUGACUUUAGCACUAAAAAAUUAAAAUUUACAAAAUCAUCUAUUUUAUCUAAUGAAAUUAAUUUUCCUUUAAUUGCUUCUACAUCAUCAAUCACAAUGUGUAAACAAAAAAACCAAAUACUUUGCUGUAGUACUAGCAUUCAAAUAAAUGAAUCUGCUAGUACUUCAUCAACUGCAUGCACAGAAACUGAAAAUCCAAGUACACUACCACUUGAGAAUGAAAUACCAUUUGAUGGAUUCUUAGGGUUUACUUCUGAAGAUAUUGCUGUUAGUUAUGAGAAACUUCAGAAAUUUAGAAAUAAUGCAAAAAUUAAAAACCAGGAUGAUGGAUUUAAAGGUUUUGACCACACAGAAAUAUUUCCAAGUGAAAAACGAGAUGUUAUUCAUUCACAACUGAUGAAGUUAAAAGGAAAUUUAGGUUUCAAAGGAUUUUCUGAAGAAGAAGCUAACAAACAAUUUGUGGGAUAUAAAAAUGUUAAAAAACACCUUAAAGUUCUAAAAAAACGGAGGAAAUUAGCUAGACAAAGGAUUGCACAGGCUAAAAAUGAUGUUCAAAAUGGAACGGCAUCAACUAAAGUUAUGCCAUUUAUAUUAGAAAAUAGCAAAGAUCAGAAUUCAAAUAAUGACAAUAAAACUAAAUCCCCUACUGUAAAUAACAACUAUGAUAUUACUACUUCAAGUACUUGGGUUGCUGAACAACAAGUGAAGUAUAAACUUUUACCUUUACAAGUCAAUCUUGAAAGAAUGUGUGACUGCAGAUGUGAUGAUAGUGAGUAAAUAUUAUUAAAUAUAAAUGAUAUAGUACACUUAUUGAAUUUUUUUUAUAUUUUUCAGACACUAUAAGUGUAUCUAUAAGAGGACAAAAUGGAAAAAUAAUUAAAAUAACUAGAAAGAAUACAAAUAAAGACAAAGGUCCAGUUGUAUCUUAAUUUAUUUUUUUAAAUGUCAAAAUUAGUAAAAGGUAAAAUUAAUUAAAACUUAUUAACAUAAUGUACAUUGUUUCUUAGGUGACAUAAUUUGUUGUAUUCAUGAACAAUUUUAUUAUGGAUUUUAUUAUUUUGUUUUGUAUUAAGUAUUGUUUUAACUUUUUUUUUAUUAAGAUUCAAAAUGAUUAUACUACAGAUCAAUGUUAACCAAAUAUUGUUUCUGAACAAGUUCAAUAACAUAUCACCAUGAGUUAUUGACUACAAAACAGUAUUUUGCUUGUAAUUAAUUUUAUUAUUAAACAAAAAAAUUAAAAAUCAAUUCAAUUUGUAAAAUAUACACAUAUAUCAUUAUAAAAUGAGUUUAUGGUUAUUAUUCACUUUGAUUUUGGAAAUCCACUAAGAUCACAUAUUUACUAUCACAUAUUUUGUUAAUUAAUAGCAUAUAUACAUUUUUUUCAUUUUGCUUUGUUAAUAUAAAAAUUUGAUUUUUAGUUACAAUAAUAUACGUUUAUUAUGUUAUAAAACUUAUAACAAUGUACAAUUUAAAAAGCAUGGUACUAAUUGCUAUAAAGAGUAUCUUAAUUUAAAAUGUUACACAGAUUAUUUAUUUUUUAUUUUUUUUUUCAAAUUUACUAAAAUAUACUAAUAUAUCUAUAAAUAUUUUAUUUUGUAUUUUUAAAAAUGUACAUUUUGUAAAAUAUGAAAAUUGUCAAUAGAUACUUGAGAAUACCUAUAAUGUGUCAAUUUAUUAAUUUACCCUAUACUAUGAAUAUAAGUUUUAAAUAUAUUAAUAUUAAUACAUAUAUAUUAGGUAUUAUCAUUGCUUUUAUUAUAUAUUAUAAAAUCAAUGAUAUUAUAAGUCAGUGAUUUACAUUAAUUAUGUAUAUUAAUUUAUUAAAUUAUUGUACCUUUCAAAUAAAAUUAUGAUAUUAUUUUAAUGCUAAAAAUCUUACAAUAUUGUUAAAUAUUUACUUUUAAAAUAUUGUGUGUAUGAUAUAUUUUUUUUAUUUUAAUAUUUUUUCAUUAAUUUGUUGUACCUAUCGUACUAUAUUAAACAAAUCAUUCCGGAAU